AUGUUUAUAAAAGCGUUAAAAGAACUGCUACUUGGCACACUUCGAACACAUCAAAAAGCAGCUUGUGACGAAGAAAUGGUGACUCUCAUCUGUCCACGAGGUACAACGAUCAGCAUCCAAGUGGCCCAGUACGGGGCCUCAGUCACCCAGGGUUCCUGUGCCUCGGAGCUGGCGGAGUAUCAACCUGUGGCCGUUGAAGUUGUUGGUGAUACCAGCUGUGCAUGGCCCAGCGCUUUACAGUAUUCCUUGUUGCAGACGGUGGUGGAGGCCUGUCAAAAGAAGAGACAGUGCAAAUUUCACACUAGUCCCAAGGCGUUUGGAGUUGACCCGUGUCCAGGAUCAAGAAGAUUCGUUGAAGUCGCAUAUAAAUGCCGUCCUUAUGAAUUCAGAAGUAAAGUGGGUUGCGAGAAUGAUGUCCUUCAUCUCAGUUGCAACCCUCACUCAAGAGUGGCGAUUUAUUCAGCUCAGUAUGGAAGAACUGAGUACGAUUCUAUACAAUGUCCACAGCCCCGGGGUAUGAAGGAGGAAACAUGCUUAGAGCCUUACGCGACGGAGACAGCGAUGAGGGAAUGCCACGGCAAGCGAAGAUGCGUCCUGGCAGCCGACAGCAACAUGUUUGGCAAACCGUGCCGAGUGGGCAGCCGAACAUAUCUUAAAGUCGUUUAUACGUGCGUGCCAAGGACAGUGCUGAAGGAGCGGUAUGAGAGUGCACCUGAAGAAGACGAGGUUGCUCAUGACGCGUCGGAUCUUGAACACGACGAAGUUGAUGAGUCAAGCGACCGAUGGUGGGGCGAGUCUGCAGUACCACCAGCUCCAGCCGUGGCUGCUGUCCCACCACAGAGGCCUUCAAUGUCUACCAGUAUCAAUGCUACCAACAAAGGUGAACCCUCUAUAUCGCCACCUAGGCAACAAGCGCCUAAAGAAGAAGAAUUCGACAUCAUGUACGUCUAUAUCAUCUCAGCAGUGGCGGUAGCUUUUCUUCUGUGCACCCUUAUUGGCAUCAUUCGCUGUGUCAUGCACAAGCAAGGCAGCACCCAACCUAAAGGACCAGACGUCUCCGCGACGACAGAGAUUCCCAACGGGUUUAACGACAGCAUAUCAGAGGUCGACAAUGACAUAAACAUCACUAGUCUUUCUGGGCCUGUUGAUGCAAUCGACUCAGCAUGCAAACCAGAAAUGCAAUUUACUAACGUUACAGUAAGCCCCAAAAUCAAUCGUUACGUAGGCCGACCAGUCCCUAAUACCUAUCCCCACGUCAGCACCAACAUGUACGGUCAGGUUGCCGAAUUUCCAAUAGAAAUGCCUCUUCGAACUAUGCCACAUGGCACUUUAGGCCGAGGUGUUGCGGUUAAGACCCUACCAAGAAUGCAAGUUCCUGAAUCGGACCCAAACACGAGAAGUUUAUAUCGAUAUUCCAACGCUCAGUACUAUUUCGGGUGACAACAGGAUACAGGCCAGUGUUCAGAUGUAUCGAGGACUUACUGUUUCUAGUAAAACGUACUGAACUGUAAAUAUAUCGGAUUCGUAGUAGAGAAGUUUGUAAUGUCCUACUUUUAAAUACGGAAACUGUGAUAUUAAUUGAAACUUUCCUAUUGUUCUACAGAAAGUUUUCCAACUUGUAGGUUGUUACUUAGCUGAAUUGUAAAAUGUUGGAGCUGCAAUUUCUUUGUUUAAAUUAAGAGUAACUUUGUGACUUAUAAGUGAAGUAAAUUGUAUAAGUAUGAAUUA